AUGUUUCUGUCGGAUAUCGAAGAGUGGAAUCAUCGAAAUCGAGAAACCCCGGGAUAUGAAGAGAUUCGUCAUUUCAGUCUUCUUCCAACCAACAAGGGCUUGGAGUGCAGUCAUUUCACGAAGUGUGAUCUCGGACUUCGUGCGUUGUUAAAGCGCGCUGGCAUUGCUGUGCCAAAUGAAGACGUUUGGAUUGCGGAGGCAGACUCUUGGUGGCGGAAGCUCUUCAAGAUCGAGAAGUUCGAAACUGUCAACCGCAAGUUUUCUGGUGUGAAUGAGACGGACGGCAAGGCUGUGAGCAUCGUUAUGCGCAAGCCGAAGCGAGAGAUCGUUGAAACUGCGUUUGACGAGAAGGACUGCGAUGUGUUGUGGGAUCUUGAUCCCGGUCGACGUGAUCUGUUUGUGGCGACGAACCAAUUCGGUGAAAAGAUCUUCUAUAAAGACGCUCACUACAAGAAGAGCAACCAGAAAACGAAUGUCUGGCAAGAGAAUUGUCCCGACGUUUCUCGAAGCUGUGCGCAACAUGCCGACAAAGAAGACUGCCUCGCUCGAACAACUUGA